AUCAAGUGCAUGGCAGUCAGGAGUCGAAAUGGACGUCGCCAGUUGUUCACAACCCGUCGGCCAUUAGCAAACACAACCAGUCGCAUAACGUGCAACCGCCAUCUCUUCACGGACCAUUCUCAGGGAUCCUCGGUGGUCCCGCACACGACUAUCAUUCUCUGAGUUCAUUGGAUAAAAAUCCUCCCCUCUCAAACGGAUUGUUGUUUUAG